GCAGGUGUGCAGCACUAAAUCAAACAGUGGGCUAUGUGGAGAGAGAAAUGAGACUGACUGUUCGCAGCGUGCUGAGUGGAGUUACCGUGGUGACCAAACCGUGAAUUAGUACCUUCUCUUCUACAGUGAACCCUCCUGAACCUCCGCUAACCAAUCACAGGGAGAGAAAAGCAGAGGGUAGAGGUGUUACAUGGAACUUUAUUUACAACCUAUAAGUCUACCUGGCCUGUUAAGGAGGUGCAGUUGAUACAGGUGCAGUACAGGGACUGUGUAAGGGUGUUAGGUUACUGUUGAGGUGUGGUAGGUAGGUAGAGAGUGUUGACAGGUCAAUUGACAGGUUGAUUGACAGGCGUCGGGUUAAGGUGAUGUCUGUGGAGCGGGGCCAGGGACGUGGCCACUCCCUCUCUGACUCGGAAGAGACCAACGGGCUGCAGGUGGAUCCUGAACCAGAGGAACUGGACUGGGAUAGCUUUAGUACCUCAUUGGAACAGAGACUGACUAUUGAGCAGGAGUGUGCCCAGGCGUCAGAUCACCGUUGUGCCCAGCUGGAGAAGGCCCGGCGUGGGCUGGAGCUGCAGCUCUCUGGCCUAUCUGAGCGCCUGGAGGAGGAGGAGGCGUGCUCGACCCAGCUGGCCCACCACAGAGAGAGGCUGGAGGCAGAGAACAGCAGCCUCAGACGAGACCUGGAGGAACUGGAGAGUGCUCUGACUGCCACCGAGAGAGACAAACAGUCUUCAGACGGCUCAGUCAGGAAGCUGUCAGAGGAGCUGUCCCAGAGAGAGGAAGCUGUCCAAAAGCUUCAGAAGGAGAAAGAACACCUGGUGGAGCUCAGCCAGCAAGCCAUUGAGGAUCUGCAGAGCGAGGAGGAGAAGGUGAACCUCCUGACCAAGGAGAGGGCAAAGUUACAGGUGCAGGCGGAAGAUUUGGAGUACCUGUUAGAGCAGGAGCGGCYUCAGCGUGGGGAGCUGGAGAAAGGCAGGAGGAAGCUGGAGGGAGACAGCAGGUCCACUCUGGAGAGCCUCACUGAGAUGGAGAGGAUGAGGAGCAGCCUGGAGGAACUCAUGAAGAAGUAGAUUAUAUACACGCUUCAUACACCAGUUAUAAGCGCAAUCAGACAGUUAUAGGCACUCAGUUAAAUCGGUUAUAGAUGCUUAAUAACAAUUUACAAGUCAAGAAGUGGGUUAUAGACCAGGGACGU